GGCGGACGCGCUCUCCGUGGUGCUGAAACACAAACACUCCGCGGAUCAACUAGUGAGGAACAAGGCACUCUUACUUCGCCACCUGCUCUGGAGCUACAUGCUAUUUGGAAGCUACAGUAAGAGGUUCUUACAUUAGCGCCUGACUGUGUCACAUCAUGCUGUGGAUGAAGUGGAAGGUGGUGGUGGACUCCCUGCGAGGACGGAGAAGGAGGAUGCCCUGUUCGCUCUGGUUCCUCCUGCUGUUCGCCGCCGGAGGUCUGGUACUCUUCAUACACCAGCGAGAUCUGUCUGAGAUGGUCCAGCAGCACGGCCCAGGCGUGAAGCUUGGAAGCACUCCACGGCAGUCCAGAGAGACUCUUUCAACACAGGAGAGAGAGAGAGAAAGAGGCAAAUCUGACAGCUACCAGGACCAUAAUGCAGCAGAGAGCAUUUUGUCCAGCCCGAUCCCUCCCAUGCAGUUUCCACACUUUGAGGACAGCAGACAGACGGCAACCCCUGGGUCUCGGGAGCAGGACAUAGGCUCCCUUCAUGUCUCCAAGAGGCACCGCAAACUGCUGAAAACGAGCCCCCCAAUCCAUCAAAACAUUUCCUCAUCUUCCUCUUCUUCGUCCUCUUCGUCCUCUGUCUCCUCCUCUGCCCCGGCCUUUAUGGGUUCUUUUUCCCCCGAGAGCUGGAAAAAGCUUUCUGACAUCCUAGAGGCACGGCGACAGCUGAUGAAAGAGAUGUGCGCUAAGUACAAGAGCAGCAUCUCCAGGACCAUCACUCGCCAUCAUGUUAAACAUCUCUUUGUGGAGGACAAGUACAAGCUGCUGUACUGCCAGGUGCCCAAAGCAGGCUGCUCCAACUGGAAGAGGACCCUGAUGGUGCUGGCGGGUCAGGCCCCCAACGCUCAGAGCAUCAAACAUGACACCGUCCACUACGGCCACCACCUGAAGAAGCUGGACAGCUUCGACCGUCAAGGAAUCAUGCAGCGUCUGGAGACCUACACCAAGGUCAUGUUUGUGCGAGAACCGUUGGAGAGAAUGGUGUCAGCUUACAGGGACAAGUUUGAAAAUCCCAACAACUACUACCACUCCCUAUUUGGGAAGCCCAUCAUCUCCAAGUACAGGGUGAACCCAUCCUGGGCGGCGCUGAAGACAGGCAGCGGGGUCACAUUUAAGGAGUUUGUACAAUACCUGCUGGACGUCCACCGGCCUGUGGGAAUGGAUAUCCACUGGGAGCAGGCCAACCAGCUGUGCAACCCCUGUCUUAUAGACUAUGACUUCAUCGGAAAGUUUGAGAACAUGGAGGAGGAAUCCAACUUUCUCUUGCGGUUAACCGGAGCGCCACCCAACGUCACACUGCCCAGUUUUAAAGACAGGAACCCAACAGAUAAGAGGACCUCUAUGCAGAUCACACAGAAAUACUUUACACAGGUCAGCGCGUUGGAGAGACAGCGGGUCUAUGACUUUUACUACAUGGACUAUCUGAUGUUUAACUAUUCCAAACCUUUCAAAGAUUUAUACUGA